AUGGCUCGAUUUGGUAGACGUGGUCAUGCCGGGCCCGUCACCGCGACGACUGAUUACGGCGCGCCCGCUGGCCGCUCCAACAGAACGCAUCGGCCAGCCAUCCUUGCCAACCACUGGCUGCAUUGGAUCUCGUCCAUCAUUGUCCUCGGCAUUUCCGCAUACUUCAUCUCCAAGUACAGUCACAAUACCCAUCUCGUCUAUUGGAUCACUAUUGCUUCUAUCGACGCCUUGGUCUAUUUGCCGGCAUUGUUCCUGCCCGCCAUAGGAGCGUACAAAGGCUAUAUGGCCCCUGUGGCUUGGUUAUUCUCCUACUUGUGGCUCACGGCAUUUAUCUUCGCCGCCCAAGACUAUAACUUCGGAGGAACGUGUGCCCGUUCUCCUUCAGGCGUCAACAAGUGCGGCUUGAAAAAGACUCUUGAGGCCUUUGCCUUCAUUGCUUUUUUCACCAAUAUCCUGGGACAGGUCCUGGAGGGAUGGCUCUGGGCAAUGCAACCUUUUAAGCACCGUGGAGCUACUCACAUGGAAAAAUCGGCUGGAAGUGUUAGCACCGCCGCCACUACUGCUCCCGCUACCAAUGGUGGCACUGCACCAGUUUACGACCGUGCCCCUGGCGCUGCUGCGGUUUAA